AUGACCAAAUAUCAGAUUGCAUUCUGUGUCCUCUGCUACUCAAUAAUUGCUGCAUUUUCACUUUUGGGUGGUGCUAAGAAAUUACAUACUCAACUCAUUGCAAACAUUAUGCGAUGUCCAAUGAAAUUCUUCGACACUACACCUCUAGGUCGCAUCAUCAACCGAUUCUCAAAAGACAUUGACACAGUUGAUAUGGUUAUUCCGCUGAUUGUGCGUCAGAUUAUUCGCACAAUGUUCAUUAUCAUCACUGCACUUUUCUUGAUAUGUUACACAACACCCAUUGUACUAAUAGCAAUACUACCUCUAGCAGUUGUUUACUAUAUAAUCCAGAGAUAUUUUAUACCAGCUUCCCGGCAACUAAAACGUAUCGAGUCAGUGAGCCGUUCUCCCAUAUACAGCUUGUUUGGUGAGACUGUCCUUGGGGUCAACAGUAUCCGAGCAUAUCGUAUGCAGUCAUACUUCAUUAAUCUCUUUGAAGAUUUAAUUAAUGAAAAUCUUCUUGCAAACAGUGCUUUACUGAUCAUCAACAGGUGGUUGAGCAUACGUAUUGAUCUCAUUGGAAACACCAAUAUUGUUUGUUCAGCAAUCUUUGCCAUUGCAUUUGGUGCUUCCCAUGGAAAUAUUGGACUUUCCCUGAGCUAUGCGUUAAGUGUAAGACAAUUUUUUUAUACUAUCACCAUUGUAUAUCCAUCCUUCCAAGUAUGA